UCAUGCCCACGGUGGUGGUGAUGGACGUGUCCCUCUCCAUGACCCGGCCCGUGUCGGUGGAGGGCUCGGAGGAGCACCAGAGGAAGCACCUGGCCGUCCACGGGCUGACCAUGCUCUUCGAGCACAUGGCCACCAACUACAAGCUGGAGUUCACGGCCCUGGUGGUGUUUUCCUCGCUCUGGGAGCUGAUGGUGCCCUUCACCAGGGAUUACAACACGCUGCAGGAGGCCCUGAGUAACAUGGAUGAUUAUGACAAAACCUGCUUAGAGUCAGCACUGCUGGGGGUAGAAACGUGUCUUUACUUGGAAGUGCUCAUCAAUCCUCUGUCACUCCAGGUUGUCCUUGUCACCGACGGCUGCCUGGGCAUCUGCCGCCAGCGAAGCGACAGCAACCGGUUCCCGCUGCCUUUCCCCUUUCCAUCCAAGCUGUAUGUCAUGUGCAUGGCAAACCUGGAAGAGCUUCAAAGCACAGAUUCCUUAGACUGCCUGGAACGACUCAUAGAUUUAAACAAUGGGGAAGGGCAAAUUUUCACAAUUGAUGGACCCCUCUGCCUGAAGAAUGUACAGUCCAUGUUUGGGAAGCUAAUAGACCUGGCUUAUACACCAUUCCAUGCUGUUCUCAAGUGUGGUCACUUAACAUCUGAUGUGCAAGUAUUUCCCAGACCAGAACCUUUUGUUAUAGAUGAGGAAAUAGACCCAAUCCCUAAAGUAAUUAAUACAGACCUAGAAAUUGUUGGGUUUGUAGAUAUAGCUGACAUUUCUAGCCCUCCUGUCUUAUCCAGACACUUGGUACUGCCCAUUGCACUUAACAGAGAAGGUGAUGAGGUGGGACCUGGGAUCACAGAUGACACUGAAGAUGAGAACUCAGCUAAUCAGAUUGCUGGGAAAAUCCCCAACUUCUGUGUUUUACUACAUGGCAGCCUGAAAGUGGAAGGCAUGGUGGCUGUUGUCCAGUUGGGGCCAGAGUGGUAUGGGAUGCUCUAUUCACAAGCUGAUAGCAAGAAGAAAUCAAACCUCAUGAUGUCUCUCUUUGAGCCUGGUCCUGAGCCCCUUCCGUGGCUGGGGAAGAUGGCACAGCUUGGACCCAUUUCAGAUGCAAAAGAAAACCCUUAUGGAGAGGAUGACAACAAGAGCCCUUUCCCCUUGCAACCCAAGAACAAGCGCAGCUACGCGCAGAACGUUACCGUGUGGAUUAAACCAAGUGGUCUCCAGACAGAUGUACAGAAGAUCCUGAGAAAUGCAAGGAAACUUCCUGAAAAAACUCAAACCUUCUAUAAAGAACUCAACCGUUUACGAAAGGCAGCUCUGGCCUUUGGGUUUUUGGAGCUGCUGAAGGGGGUGGCAGACAUGCUGGAGAGGGAGUGCACCCUGCUCCCCGACACCGCCCACCCCGACGCCGCCUUCCAGCUCACACAUGCUGCUCAGCAGCUCAAAGUGGCAAGUACUGGAGCAUCAGAGUAUGCUGCCUAUGAGCACAACAUUGCUCCUCUGCAGACAGACUUUUCCAGCAGCACCACUGAACGAAUGUGAAGUCUCUGUUAGGGGAACUUCUGGAGAUUUAAGAUUCAAGGGGUUCCAGUUUUCUUGCCCUGUUUAUUUUCUAGGGUCUGUUUAAUUAACCGGAGAACUUCCUAGCAAAUGGGGUUCCU